AUGUAUGAAUACAACGACGAAGAUGGAGGGAUUCAGUUUCAACCCUACGACGACGAACUCAUCAACGAAUAUUUAAUCCCCAAAUUGGAAGGUAAACCGCGUAGAGAGAUCACUAUGAAGGAUGUUUACUCAAAGGAGCCAUGGUUGCUGGACCAUCCCAUGGGUUCGUUUUUCAAGAAGAACGAAUGGUACUACCUUGUGACAAGGACUCAACUCGCCAAAAAGAACAUUGGUUGUGGUCAGAAAGCGAAACGCAAGGUAAAUAACAAGAAGCAGAAGAGCGGAGACGGUACUUCUUGUAAUGUAUCACGAGACAGCGAGAGCUGGAUUAUGACAGAAUAUAUGCUUCCGGAUGAAAAAGGCAAGUUUCAUGAACUGGUCAUCUGCAAGAUUCAUGUGAUCAAGAAUUCCAAGAAGAAGGAUGAUGAUCAUAAUGAAGCUUGCACUUCUAGCAAUCAUCAUUGUUUGAUCGGAAAACGGUAA